AUGAUAGCAGGGGGCGCUGUUAGCGGCUGUGCUAGUGACCUGAUGCAGGAAACACCCGCUCACACCUCCUCCGUCUGCCUGCACUAUGCCUCCGCUGGUGAGGGUGGCGGCUAUGACACGAUGAAUAACGUGGUGAUACCAACCCCUGGGGUGUGGGACUACACUUCUCAGUUCAGCACCCUGCGGCAAAGCUGGGAGACCAACUACCAGGAGGCAGCUAUCUAUCUACAAGAAGGGGAGAACAACGACCAGUUUCUCACACACCCGCGUGACGCCAGGGCCCUGACGGCCUACCUCGCGGCCCACAAUGCCCUGUUCUAUGCGGUGGAGCUGCUGUCGGGGCUGCUGUUGAUGGCGCUGUCACUGGCCGAGGCCCCGGCCGUACCUCCACUUCAGCUGGACGUCUACGUCCAUGCCACUCUGGAGCUUCUGGCCCUGGGGAUGGUGGCCUUUGAGCUCUCCAUAAAGCUGCGAUGGCUGGGCCUUCAGGCCUUCACCGGCCACAGGAGGAUCAUGGUGAAGACCUGUGUGCUGCUGCUCCAGUUGGUGGAGGCCGUGGUGGUUCUGGUCCGACAGACGUCCCACAUGCGGGUGACUCGAGCCCUAAGGCCCAUCUUCCUGGUGGACUGCAGGUACUGCAGAGCCGUGCGCAGGAACCUGAGACAGAUCUUCCAGUCCCUUCCGCCCUUCCUCGACAUUCUCCUCCUCCUCUUCUUCUUCAUGCUCAUUUUCUCCAUCCUGGGUUUUCACUUGUUCUCUCCGAAUGCAGCAGACCCAUAUUUCAGCUCGCUGGAGAACAGCAUCGUGAGCCUGUUUGUGCUCCUGACUACAGCCAAUUUUCCAGAUGUGAUGAUGCCGGCCUACUCCAGGAGCCGCUGGUCCUGCGUGUUCUUCAUCGUCUACCUGUCCAUCGAGCUCUACCUCAUCAUGAACCUGCUCCUGGCGGUGGUGUUCGACACCUUCAACAACAUGGAGAAGAUGAAGUUCAAAUCCCUUCUGCUGCACAAGAGGUCCGCCAUCGACCACGCCUUCCAGCUACUGGUCUGCAAGCAGAGGCCCAACAUGGUGUCCCUCAGGCAGUUUGAUGGGCUGAUGCGGUUCUACCGACCGCAGAUGACCGCUCGCGACUGCUUCCUCACCUUCAAGGCUCUCAACCCCUCUGGCUCCCUCACGCUGAGCCGGGAGGAGUUUUAUCGCUUUUACGAAGUCAUGGGUCUGAAGUGGACGGCACAGCAGAGCAGCAGUCUCUGGUUCGACAGACUUCCGCAUCCUACCGUCCUCAUUUUCAAAGGAAUUCAAAGAUUUGUGAAAUCCAAAGCCUUUCAGUAUGGAAUGUACUUGGUCGUAGCGGUGAAUGGGGUCUGGGUCCUGGUGGGAACGUACAUGAUGAACAACGUUUCGUCCUGGUCAGCAUUUUUUCCCAGGAGUAACAUUGUCUUCCUCAGCAUUUAUGUGGCGGAGAUCCUGUUGAAAAUCUCAGGUCUGGGUCCUGUGGAGUACUUCAGCUCUGGGUGGAACCUGUUUGACUUCCUGGUGACCCUUCUGGCUCUCCCAGGCCUGAUGGCCUUUGUUGUGGAGCCCUUCUACUUCAUGGUAGCCCUGCGGCCGCUGCAGCUCCUCAGGCUGUUUAAGAUCAAGAAGUCGUUCCGUGUUGUCUUAGACACCAUGGUGGAGCUCCUCCCUCGGAUGGCUAGUUUGGGCCUCACCCUGAUCAUUUUCUACUACUCUUUCGCCAUUGUGGGGAUGGAGUUCUUCGCCAAUGUCGUCUAUCCUAACUGCUGCAAGAACAGUACAGUGGCGGAGUCUUACAGGCAGGUCGUCAUCACCGUUGGCAACCACACCUUCCUGGAUGAGGGAUAUUACUAUCUGAACAACUUUAAUGACAUCCUUACCACCUUUGUGACACUAUUUGAGCUGACAGUCAUCAACAACUGGUAUAUUACGAUGGAAGGGGUGACGUCACAGACCAGUCAUUGGAGUCGCCUAUACUUCAUGACCUUCUACAUCAUCACCAUGGUUGUUAUGACGAUCAUUGUGGCCUUUAUUCUGGAUGCCUUUGUCUUCAGAAUGAACUACAGCCGCAAAAACAAGGAACCAGUGGGAAGCCCAGGAGAUGAUAAUGGUGUGGUGUUUGAGGUGGAGGUGUUGCGAGAGGAGGCCCUGUCCAUGUUGGAGCUCAGUAAGAGGACCUGCCCCAGACGCUCCCACCUGAGCUCCCUGCAGGAGGCGCUGCUGAGCAUCCAACGCAACAGACUUGCGUCUCUGAUGUUUGUGGGUCACCGGUCCCGCACGAAGACUGACCUGAGCCUGAAGAUGUAUGAGGAGGAAACUCGGGAGUGGUACAAGGAACACUCUCGGGGGGGCCCAUUUCUCUCUGAACAGGCUUGACAUGUGGACAGUGAUACGGAUGGCCUGCACAGCCAUUAUGCAGAAGUUUACAGGCUAAACUCCAAACUGUGG